AUGUGUAGAAAAUUUUUGAAAGUUAACAAAGAUAUAAUAGUAACUAGAGCAGAUAAAGGUCAGGUUACUGUUAUUAUGGAUAGAAAUGAUUACAUUAAGAAAAUGAAAGAAUUAUUAAGUGAUAAGAACACGUAUGUAGAAUUAGAUAAAGAUCCUGUUAAGAAGGUUACCCGUAGGGUCGGUGAGUUGGUGAAGUCAUGGGUUAACCUGGACUUGAUCGAUGAGCACACACACAGAUGGUUGAACGCAAGCCAUAGUAACAUUGCACGUUGCUAUGGUUUACCCAAAAUACAUAAGACUGGUUAUCCUUUGAGGGUUAUAGUUUCGGCAAUUGGUAGUCCGUCAUAUAAUUUGGCCACCUUUUUCCAUGAAAUAUUGGUAAAAUCUAUUAAUAGACCUAAUUCGUAUGUUGGGAACGGUUGGACCUUUAUAGAUAAAGUCAGAAAUGUAGCCAUUGACAAGUGUGAAACUAUGGUUUCAUUCGACGUGGUUUCACUUUUCACGAAUAUACCCAAAGAAUUGGUAAUAAAAGCAAUAGAAAAAAGAUGGGAUCUGAUUUCGGUUGACACAAAAUUCAAUCUUGACCAGUUUAUAUAUGGUAUCGACGUUAUCCUGAAUUCUACUAGUUUUACUUUCAAUGGACGGUUUUAUUCACAAAUUUAUGGUUGCCCUAUGGGUUCACCAUUAUCUCCGAUUGUGGCUGAUAUGGUGUUAGACGAUUUGGAAACAAUUUGUAUGGAAAGGUUGGACUUUAAAAUUAAAUUGUUCUAUAGGUAUGUUGAUGUGUUUAUGAUUUUACCCACUGACAGGAUUCAACAGGUUCUUGAAAUAUUUAAUAACUAUCACCCGAGACUUUGUUUUACAGUUGAAACAGAAAAGAAUGGCACUAUUAAUUUUUUGGAUGCCACUGUUAUACGGGAUAAUGAGGCGUUGAUCACGGACUGGUACCGCAAACCAACCUAUUCGGGACGUUACAUUAACUAUUUUGCUUCCAAUCCAUUACAACAUAAAAUUAAUGUUAUUACCAACUUAGUAGACAGAGCUAUUCUGUUAUCAGAUGAAAGAUUUCACGACAAGAAUAUACAAAUUUUAAAUUCUAUACUUAUCAUUAAUUGUUAUCCACCGGAAUUUAUUAACAAACAUGUUAGAAAUAGAUUAAAACAGAUCGAAUAUCGAAAGACUAAGAAUAAUGGCUCCAGUAAUAAUGAGAAUAAAAUACGCAUGUGUAUCCCGUACGUUAAAGGUUUUAGCGAAUGUGUUGCGAGAAUUUUACGAGGUUGUCAGGUCAACGUAACACAUGUGAUCAAUAAAACGUUAGACGGUAUUGUUAAAUGUGAAAAGGACAAACUUGAGCGUAAAAACAAAACAGAUGUGAUUUACAGAAUUAAUUGUAAAGAUUGCGAUGUUUGUUACGUCGGACAGACGAAGAGACACCUUAACACGAGGAUUAGUGAGCAUUUGUCGGACAUAAAGAAGUGUGAGAACAAUUGGUCUGUGGUCAGCAAACACAGGGAUAACGUGGACCAUGAGUUUGAUUGGUCAGAGGUUGAGGUCUUACACCAAGAGAAACAUUUGAGAAAGAGACUAAUUGCUGAAAUGUUUUACAUAAAAAAGCAUAAGACGUCUAUUAAUUUACAAAAAGACACGGAUAACCUUUCGGAUAUGUAUGAUCUUGUUUUGACUAAGUUGUAG